UCUGAUCUUUGUAUUCAUGUAUAAAAGAGAAGUGAAUCCUGUAAAGUGUAAUACAAUAAAAACAAUAAACAAAAUCAUUUCUAACUCUAACAACAAUACCCCAAUACCAAACCCUAACCCUUAAUCUCCCCCCCGCAGCUGUAUAAAACCCUAAUCAUUAGAUCCUGAGAAGAAUCGGAGUUUUUUCUCACAGCUUUUUCUUACGGCUGUGAGGAUGUCGACUCCUUCAAGGAAAAGAUUGAUGAGGGAUUUCAAGAGAUUGCAACAGGAUCCUCCAGCAGGCAUCAGCGGUGCACCACAGGACAAUAACAUAAUGUUAUGGAAUGCUGUUAUAUUUGGCCCAGAUGAUACUCCCUGGGAUGGAGGUACCUUUAAGUUGUCUCUGCAGUUUUCGGAGGACUAUCCAAAUAAGCCACCAACAGUUCGGUUUGUUUCGCGGAUGUUCCAUCCAAAUAUCUAUGCAGAUGGAAGUAUUUGCUUGGAUAUCUUACAGAAUCAGUGGAGUCCUAUUUAUGAUGUAGCUGCUAUUCUAACUUCUAUCCAGUCGUUGCUUUGCGACCCAAACCCAAAUUCUCCUGCUAAUUCUGAAGCUGCAAGGAUGUUUAGUGAUAACAAGCGGGACUACAACAGAAAAGUACGCGAAGUCGUUGAGCAAAGCUGGACAGCAGAUUAACUGCUCAUCCCUAACAUGUGGAUGUCAUUUGACUUAUUCUGUAAAGUUUGAAGUCUACAUAAGUAAACAUUUCCACUUGAAAACAAUUGUAAUACAGACAUAAGAGUUAUAUAAUAAAAUUUGCUUGCUUGAUUCCUUACA